AUGGGAGAUGCCAAAGAAUCGAAAAUGCAAAUAACACCAGAAACUCCAGGAAGGAUCCCUGUUUUAAACCCUUUCGAAAGUCCUAGUGACUAUUGUAACCUCCACGAGCAAACUCUCUCCAGUCCGUCUGUCUUCAAAUGUGCAAAAUUACCGACUCCAGGGAAAUUUAGAUGGUCUAUUGAUCAACUAGCUGUAAUAAAUCCUGUAGAAAUAGACCCAGAGGACAUUCAUCGCCAAGCCUUAUACUUAAGUCAUUCGCGAAUAGAUAAAGAUGUGGAAGACAAAAGACAAAAAGCCAUUGAAGAGUUUUUCACCAAAGACGCCAUUGUGCCCUCUCCAUGGACGGAUCAAGGAAAGCAGCUGGCACAGCAUCAUUCCAGCAAAUGUGUAAACAUAAGUAGUGAAUCUCCAAUUGGAGGAAAGUUGACCGUUCAUUCUGAGAAAAACCAUGCUGCCUGUCAGACACUGCUUUCCCUUCCUGUGGACUUUAACCUAGAAAAUAUACUCGGUGACUAUUUCAGAGCUGAUGACUAUCCAGACCAGUCUCCCGGGAACCUCAGCUCUUCAUCUCUCAGAAGAAAGCUGUUCUUAGAUGGAAAUGGAAGUAUGUCUGACUCAUCUCCAGCUUCUCCGCGAAGUUCUCAUGGUGGCGCCCAGGCAUCACUUGAGGUUUUCUAUUCAAUAGAUUUAUCUCCUGUACGAUGUAAGAGCCCUGCCCAAACACCAAGUUCGGGGCAGUUUUCUUCUAGCCCAAUUCAGGAUAAUGUGAAAAAAUACAGCCUGGGAAGCAUAGCGAGUCAUUCCCCUAUUUCCUCACCCACAUUGUCACCAAUUGCAUUUCAAAUAGGAAAGGUACCACUCUCAGAACAAAGGAAGUUUGCUUUUCCUUCUCCGGAUGCUUCAUCUGGACCAACUCCUCGUGGGAUUACUCAUCCGCGCGUGGGAAGUCCUUAUAGAGACGGCCGCUCUUCAGUUCAAAGCUGGUCUCCCAUGAGACUGGAGAUGUGUGGCCGUGGUGCUCAGUAUCGGGCCUCGCUGAUUCGGAUUCCUUUUGCCCUUGAGACUCACAGCGAAGGCGAAGAAGAGAAAGAGAAUACGCCUCCCGUUGACAUCUCGAUAGCAGCCGCAGAUGCUGCCGCCGGGGUGCAGCGGCAGCAGGUGGACGGCGGUGCUUUUCCACACGGCACACAUUUAGUGGUGACGGCCAUGUCUCUCACGCAGAGUCAGGCCAGCGCCUCUGAGAAAGACCUGGCGCUCUUGCAGGAUGUCGAGGGGGAGGCAGAGAAUAACACCGUGCAUAUGGCUGAUCCCGUGGACACAGCCGAGGAGGCGGUUCAUAGUCGGAGUCUCCCUGUGGCUGAGUUUAUGAGUGGAAUCGCCUUCAGUAUGGAAAACUCGCCUAUGUGCAUGUUACCUCUUGCAGAAAGCAUUGUCAUUCCUUCGGAGAAUAGUGACAUCCAGAUGGAUAGUGGCUACAAUACACAGACGUACGGAAGCAAUAUCAUGGAUACGGUUGGGGCGGAAAGUUACUGCAAAGAAAGUGAUGAGCAGAUCGAUGGCCUUAAGAAUAAAUCCGCAGUUCUUAAUACAAAGGAAGACCACACAACACAGAGGUGCUGAAAGCCAACAAAUCCGUCUGCAUGCAGCAGCCCAUAGACUACCUCGCUCAGAACCAAAGACUAGUCCAGUAGCUCCAAGCUUUGAAUGCAUGGCAUUGACAAUGAAAUUGUGAUGGAGAGAAAAGGGCUUCAACCAACCAACAUGCUUUCCCUCCGUAAUGUGAAAAGACAUAGGACCACAGAGAAGCUCCUGGAACUUCGACCACUUGCUGAAGUUUAUUUUUAAAUCUAUUUUUGUAAUUAUGUUAAUAAAAGAAUAAACUGUGGCAGCUGCUGACUUUGCUCCUGUUCUAAAGGAUCAAUGAACUGAAGCCCGAUUGACAGCACUGAAUUAGUAGUAGUUCUGACAAUGUGUUGAAAUAACAUUAAAAUUUGAGGCAUUGUUAUUAUAACUGCCUUGGUUUAUAUGAUCAAACAUGCUAACAUACAGAUGAAUUUAAAUAAUGUUUUGUGAAAGUCUAAUUUAGAGAUAAAACUGAAUUUAAUCAAAGCAGAAAGGAAGUUAAACAUGUCUUACAAGGUUACUGUUAAUUCUUGGCUUGCUCACACCUGUGGGGUAAUUUUUAGUUCCGGUUAAGAUAGCUCUAUCUUUUAAAGUAGAAUAUGAGUGCAGUACUAACAGUAUCGUAAGAUCAUGCCUUAUAUAAGAGGGGUAAAGCGGGAUGCUUGGAAUAGAUAAAUACCCGUUAGGUGGGCAAAUCCUUUCCAGUUCAAACUGCUGGUCAUGAUUAACUUGAUAGGUGCUCGCAAGUCAGUUCUGAUUUACCGCAACCUUGGGUUCAACAGCCUGCCCUGCACCAACCCAAUUGCUAGGUUUGAGUCCACUGCGGCCACUGUGUCAAUCCAUCUCGUCUACAUUUUUUUUUUAAAGGUAAUACUGUGACCCCAAUUAUACCUCUGCAGCCACAAAAGAUAAACAGGUAUUAUAUGUCUUUUAUUUUUUAUUAAAAAACAUUUUCUUGGGGGCUCAUAAAGCUCUUAUAACAAUCCAUACAUCAAUUGUAUCAUAUUUGUACGUCAUUAAUUCCCUCAAUAUUUACUAUUUGAGCCCUAGUGUCAGCUCUUUUUUUCCCCUCCCUCUCUUCCCCCCUCAUGACCCCUUGGACACAUUUUUGUAUCUCAUUGACUGCUGUCUACCUUCCCCCGUGGUUUCUGUUCAUCCCCCAGGGGGGUUGGGUGGGUAUGGUAUCAAUCAUUGCCAUCAGUUUCCCCUUCCUCCCCCUCCCAUGUUCCCAGUACCCUCCUGCCAUCGCUACUUCCAUUUCUGUACCUUCUUUUUGAUGCCCCACUGCUUAAGCGAGCAUGAUGGCCUCUAAGGCCUAGUGUCUCCUGAUAACACAUCCAAAGCGCAUGAGGCAGGACGCAGUCUGUCUGCAUUUCUAAGACUUGUUUGUUCAGGCAGUCCAUGGUACUUCAAUAUUCUUCCCCAGCACUGUAACUCCAAUACAUCCAUUCUCCUUUGAUCUUCUGUAUUCCAUGCCUAACGUUCACAUGCUUAUGAAGUGAUUGAAAAUACCAUCCAGGGCGUGGAUCAGGCAGUCCUGAGAGUGAUCGGGCUCUGUAACACGUGUAAAGAGGCCUGUGCAGAUGUGCCCAGUGUAAUACAUUUGAUUUCUUGACUGCUCCUUCCGUGAGGGUUGAUUUUGGGCCUUAACAAAAUGAAAGCCCUGACAUGCCUCCGCUUAUAGCUUGAGUCAGUCCACUUGUCUCAAUACUCUGGUGCUGUUCAUGAGGUUUUCUGUGUACUUGACUGUUCUAUUGCUAUUCCUAACUGUUCAGGGAUGAAUCCCUCCAAAGUGCACACCCUGUUCCUUCUCUGUUGUCUGCAAGCUCUGCUAGUCAUUUUGGAGGACUCUGGCUUUCUGAAAUACCACUGACCCAGCUUCCAACAUCACACUGCAAACCACUGCAGUGUGAAAAAGUGCACCAGGGGUUGGGAUAGCAGCUGAAUUCCUUGCAGGGCACCAACCUAUAAAGUAGCAGAACUAUAUUUUUAAAACUUAGCUUCAUGUUGGGUACAGGGUGGGUAUACCCUAACAUUUAAAGAAGUAGCAUUACUUUGGAGAAUGCAUUCACUAAUUUGUGUUGUAGGGUCACUAUGAGUGGGAAUGGACUUGACAGUGAGUUAUUUUGUUGUUUUUUGUCUCAUUUGAAAAUAAAUCAUAUGACACUGUAGGAAA